UGUCGAAAAGCUAACAAUUCGAUCCAACGAACAAUUUUGCAUUCCCACUAUGUUCAAUCGCAGUGCCGAUGCCAUUCGCAGUUCGACAAGCAUUUUAUAUUUGUUGUUCUCAUUACAAUUUUUGCAUUUAUGUUACACGCUAUGUCUCGACGAUAAAUAUCGUCCACAACUUCACUACAGUCCAUCAAAGCAUUGGAUGAACGAUCCCAAUGGGCUGAUAUACCUAGACGGAGAAUAUCACCUAUUUUACCAGUACAAUCCCAAUGCAACAGUUUCUGGACAAGUGUAUUGGGGCCAUGCUAUUUCAACGGAUUUGGUCCAUUGGACAGAGUUACCCAUUGCCCUUAGUCCAAAUGAUAUAAUAGACGUAGAGCCAGUAUCUUUGUUCAGUGGAUGUGCAGUUUUAGAUGCAAAGAAUUCUUCAGGCUUGCAAACCGGGAGCAUUACUCCGAUGAUUUUAUUUUUUACUCAGGCAACGACGAAAAAGCAACAACAAAGCAUCGCCGUAAGUAAUGAUCGUGGUAGAACAUUCGAAAUGUAUUCUAAAAAUCCGGUUAUACCGAAUGAUGACGAAAAAGUUCCGGAUUUUCGAGAUCCGAAAAUCUUUAACUGGAAGGAUAAAUGGAUAAUGAUGGUGGCCGCUGGCGAUAAAAUUCAAUUCUUAGAGUCGGAUAACCUACUGAAUUGGAACUCGAUAAGUGAAUUCGGUGCAAGACCGCUGCAAGGAUCACAUGGCGGUGUGUGGGAGUGUCCUGACCUGUUGCCAUUUACCGUUAAUGGUCAGAGGGUGUAUGUUCUUUUAGUUAGCAUUAACCCUGGCGGACCCAAUCAAGGAUCUGCAACUCAAUAUUUUGUGGGCUCGUUCAAUGGAAAGCAGUUCCUUAAGUCAGUACUCUACCAACCACUUUGGUUGGACUGGGGACCCGACAAUUAUGCAGGUGUAUCGUGGUUUAACGAACCAAACAAUAGGAGUCUGUUGAUCGCUUGGAUGAGUAAUUGGGAUUACGGGAAAUUUUUACCAACGAGCGCUUGGAGGGGACAAAUGACACUGCCUAGAGUUUUAAAUGUGCAACGGUUAGAUGGUAGACUUCGUUUGCAGUCUCAACCAGCGGCUGAAGUUGACUCAUUACGAAUUUCUUCGCAAUUUUUCGAAACCACCCAGCCACUUUCGAUAAGAACAGGUCACGAUUUUACUAACGAUUUAGGUUUUAGGAAUUCCCUAUUGGAGGUUGACGUUCUGAUCGACACACAACUCAUGUUUAGUGAUUCAUUAGCCUAUUUGCGUCUGUGCUUGUUCAAUGAUCUGGCCGAGGAAGUUUGCGUGGGAUAUAGUUUUGGAUCGAACGAAAUUCAUUUGGACAGAAGCAUGUCUGGUGAUACCUCAUUCUACUCCGAGUUCGCUGCGGUAGCUACAGCCAAUCGAGAAUCGAAAAACAGAUAUCUUCAAAUGAAAGUCUAUCUGGAUGUGUCGUCGAUUGAAGUUUUUGUGGACGGUGGCUUUACUACCAUGACUGGUUUAUUCUUCCCUACCGAAGCGUUCACCCGUGUGAAAGUUGAAUUCAACUCAGCUAAAGGUAUCAACCAGUUGACGCUUCUUUCAGCCACGAUUCGUGGAUUGAAAUCAAUUUAUGAUUGCUGAAUGUUGGUUGCGAAAUUGGCUCGCGUAAUUUCCUUAAAAAAUAAAUUUGCUGCUUAUGACAC